CACUGGUAAUCGGCUUAUAAAAUCUGGACUGAUAUACAGGAAUUAUGACUGAAUAUCAAAUCUAGCAUGUUAAUACUAUGUUAAUACUAAGUGGACUAAAAAUUUAAAAUUUUUAUUUCUUUUUCGGUUUAGAUAGCGAUUUUUUUUAAAAACCUUUAGCUCGAAAUGUCGUCUUCAAAAUCCAAGAAUAAAAAUCGUGCCGACUUUAAUUACAUAUGUAGUUUGAAAUAUCGACACAUCCCUCCAACACCGGAACAUUUACCACUCGAUCUUAGUUGGAAUGUUGAUCUUAACUAUUUAACAGAACCCGAUUCAUUUUUCGAAUCAUUUCAGGCUUCUCGUCUCCCUUUAAUAAGUGAUUAUGACCUAGGAAUGAAAACCGAACUUAGUGACUACCCGGGACUUUUUCUUGGGGAUGAAUCAGGGUUAAAUCCCCGAAGAGAAACUACUUCAUUUGAUAUAAAUGAUCAAGCUUUGCUUUGUGUAGGUAAAGAUCCAGUAACUGUAAAUCAGGAUUUAUCAAGGUUAAAAAGAUUAUCGAGAAAUGAGCCUAAAGAAUGGUUAAGACGUACACAGUACUUAGAUUCAGAAGCUGUUUAUAAAACAAAUAAGACGACUACGAUGGAGAGUCGGAUGGCUGCUCUGAAAGCUAAUUUAGACCUGGUGGAUCAAUCUCAUGAAGAGCAGAUUAAGGCCAUUGAUAGAACUUUUGAAAAAGCAAAUGACCCAGAAUUUCUUUCAACAUUAAAACAUCCAUCAAAUUCUUCAUUAAAGGUGAAAGAAAUUAUUCCUGUUUUUCCGGAAUUUCAAGAAAGUUUACGUGGGCAGAAUAAAUUUGAUAGAGAUCCGUGGGAAGGAUAUGAAAUUGAUGAUGAUGAAGACAAAGGAGCAGAAAAGGAACUGAGGAUGAGCAAAGCCAUAAUAAUUCCGGGCGAAGACCGACAUGGAAAAAAUCUAUUUCGACUGUAUGUUCCAGAUGUAGAAUCUGCAAAUAGACUAGUGAAAAUUAAAAGUUUUGACGAUACAAAAAACGAGGCGUAUCACUUUAAAUGGGUCAGAGAUUAUAAUAUUGAUAGUGAUACCGUAAUGGAAAAUCAAGAUUUAUUAUUUGUAGAACAAAAUCCAACUGAUGGAAAAAAUGAGAAAAUAUUUUCUUAUUCUGAACUUUAUGUUGCAUCAGUACUUAAACGUAGAAGGGAUACCUCGGAACGAAUACAAAUGCCUGAAUUACAAGGCGGUAGUACGUACCUUAACGUAGAAUAUGUUCAAAACAUUGAAAAAAGGAUGCCGGAGAGACUAGAUAGUGAUGAUAAUGAUGAUUUUGAUAAGGACAUUGACAAAAAUAGUGAUAUAUCUGGGAAACGAAAACGCGAUGUCAAUGAUGAUUAUACAGAUAAUUGGACAUCUAACAGGAAAUUAAAGACUGAUAAUGAUGAAAAGGAAGGAUUAUUUGACGAAGAACUUGGCAGCGACAACACAAUUGAUGCUGACUAAAUUCUAUAUUAAAAUUUUUUUUAAAUAAGUUUUAUCACACUACUAGUUCUAGUGAUUUAGUAAUUAAUAAUUUAUAAUCUAUUAAGAUAGCUACAUUCUAAGUUAUUUAUAUAAAUGAUAUUUCAAAAAACAAU